AUGGAGUUUGCUGAGCUCAUCAAGACGCCACGGGCCGACAACGUGGUCCUUCACCGCCCCUUCUACCCGGCAGUGGAGGGGACGCUGUGCUUGACAGGCCAUCACCUCAUCUUCUCCUCACGGCGGCAAGACAAUGUUGAGGAACUGUGGCUUCUGCAUUCCAACAUUGAUUCCAUUGAAAAACGUUUUGUUGGCACCAUCGGCACCAUCAUCGUCAAAUGCAAAGACCUGCGGAUUAUCCAGCUUGACAUCCCCGGCAUGGAGGAGUCUUUGAACAUAGCUGGCUCCAUCGAGGCACUGUCCACCUUGGAUUCCAUCACCCUGAUGUAUCCUUUCUUUUACCGGCCCAUGUUUGAAGUCAUCGAGGAUGGCUGGCACUCCUUCUUGCCGGAACGGGAAUUUGAGCUUCUCAGUUCAGUUACAAACGAAUGGCGGUUGAGCUACAUCAACAAAGAUUUCUCCGUCUGCCCCUCUUACCCGCCCAUCGUCACUGUCCCCAAAUCGAUUGACGACGAAUCCCUCUGGAAAGUUUCCACUUUCCGCCACGGUGGGCGCUUCCCGGUCCUCAGCUAUUACCAUAAGAAAAAUGGGAUGGUGAUGAUGCGCAGCAGCCAGCCGCUCACGGGUACCAACGGGAGGCGCUGCAAAGAGGACGAGAAGCUGAUCAACGCCACGCUGAGAGCCGGCAAGCGGGGCUACAUCAUUGACACACGCUCUCUGAGCGUCGCUCAGCAAGCCCGGGCCAAAGGGGGAGGCUUUGAGCAGGAAGCCCACUACCCCCAAUGGCGUAGGAUCCACAAGUCCAUUGAGAGGUACAACAUUCUGCAAGAGAGCCUCAUCAAGCUAGUGGAGGCCUGCAAUGACCAGUCACAUAACAUGGACCGCUGGCUGAGCAAACUGGAGGCUUCCAACUGGCUGACUCACAUCAAGGAGAUCCUGACCACUGCCUGCUUGGCUGCUCAGUGCAUCGACAGGGAGGGAGCAUCUGUCCUGGUCCAUGGGACUGAAGGCACAGAUUCGACACUACAGGUGACCUCGCUGGCUCAGAUCAUCCUAGAUCCCAGAUGCAGGACCAUCCGCGGUUUUGAAGCUCUGGUUGAGAGGGAGUGGCUGCAGGCCGGCCACCCAUUCCAGCAGCGCUGUGCCCAGUCCGCCUACUCCAACAGCAAGCAGAAGUGGGAAGCCCCCGUCUUCCUUCUCUUCCUGGACUGCGUCUGGCAGAUCCUCCGCCAGUUCCCUUGCUCCUUCGAGUUCAACUACCACUUCCUGAUCAUGCUCUUCGAGCAUUCGUAUGCCUCCCAGUUCGGCACUUUCCUGGGCAACAAUGAAAGCGAAAGGUGUAAGCUCAAGCUGCCCCAGAAGACGAUGUCCCUGUGGUCCUGGGUGAAUCGGCCGGAAGAGCUCAACAGAUUCAAGAACCCCCUCUUUGAGGCCAACAGCCUGGUCAUCUGGCCUUCUGUGGCACCGCAGAGCCUGCAGCUCUGGGAAGGUGUCUUCCUCCGCUGGAACCGGUCGUCCAAAUUUCUGGAUGAAUCCUACGAAGAAAUGAUCAACAUCAUCAAGUACAAUAAGGAGCUGCAGGUGAAAGUCAACCUGCUGAGGCGGCAGCUGGCCGAGCUGGAGACGGACGACACCACGCAGGAAGACGGGGUGCCGGAGAGCCCCUGAGGCUGCGCCAGGCUCCCUGCCGCGGGCCAGAUUGUCCCCCUUUCUCUGUCGGGCAAGUCGCCCCCACACACUAUAAAGCACUAAACCCUCCAAGACUUGCAUGCGCUCGAGCUCCUUUCUGGUGAAGUCGAGUCGAACAUUCCCCCCCCACACACACACGUUGUCUUUAUUAUUAUUAUUAUUAUUAUUAUUAUUAUUGCAUCUCAGUUCCUCACUUGACACUAUUUUCUCCCCCUCUCUCACCUCCCCCCUCCUGUUUUGGAAUGGCGGCAUUUCUCUUUUGUUUACAGGAGAAGACUCUUGAUUUAAUUCAGCUGACUGUCCUCUCCCGGCAGCUCUUGCCACCUCUAAUAAAUGGUGUGUACAGUUCCAGUGUCAGCGCUAGCCGCUCCCGAACCUCAUCCCCCGUGUGGCAUUCAGCAGGGGGUGCCUUUUGGUCUUUUGACUUGAGAGAGGUUUCAUUCAUUCAGGACUUGGCAGGUGUCUUGUGCUCUUUGCCUGGCCUGAGAAAGGCUGUCUUGAUGACGCAUCUAUCCUGCUUCUCCCAAACGCAUGGGUUUUAGUUUUUUUAUUUUGUUCCUGGGCUAGACAGCACGCUUCAGCUUAAUCCAAAUCCAAAUAGCAUCUUUCCGUGCUUGGCACUGAGGCACACAGACGGUAAACGUGGAGAGGAUCUCUCGCAAAAGGCAGGGACUCCUUUCCACCGCUUUCCUUGGGUGCCUCCUACACCAUCCUGAAAUCUUAAUUUGGUUAUCUGAAUGGGCACAAGAUAAAAUGUAUGGUAGAGCCCUUUAAGGACCGUACCACUUCACGCUAGGGGGGAGGGGGGUGUUGUUGGAAGGUUGCCCAUUGUGUUUGCGGGAGAGUUUGUUCUUAAGCCCUGCAUGUGGAAAGUGAGAAUGGCUUGCCAGCUUUUCAUAAACACAUGAGCGGAGAAGACCAAAGACCCACCUCAUCCAGCGUCCUGUUUUCUCACAGCCUGAUGCCUCCGGGAAGCCCACAAGUAGGAGGUGAGGCCAACGGCCCUUCCUGCUGUUCUCCCAAAGCGAGUGACAUUCAGAAUUCUGCUUCCCACGGGCCCCUGGGUGGCCACUGAGAACAGGAUGCGGGACUAGAUGGACCAUUGGCCUGGUCCAGCAGGCACUUACAGGAUAGGUGCUAAGCAAAUCAUUCCUCGAGUGCAGCUUUGGAUAUCAGCUUACGUUGCAGAACUCCCCCGCAUGCCUCCUGAAUCUUUCCUAGGGGUUCCCCCAAGCCUUGGGAUCCGAUUUAGGGAGGGCUCCGGGAGGGCGGUUCCUGUUGCGCAAGCAGGAAACCUUGCUCCGAAGGGACAGGGCAGCUGAUCAACCCCCAGGGAAUGUUUCUGCUGCGGAGGAAACAUCCAUACUGAUGGUCCUCUCGCUUGCUCCCAGGAGCGGCUGACCUACCUGCCUCAAACCAGCCUCCACCAACCUGGUGCCCUCCGGAUGUUUUGGACUCCCAUCAUACCCCCUAGGAAUUGUAGUUCUGGAGGGCGCAAAGGGUUUGUGAAUGCUGGUGAAGAUCUCAGCUCUGAGGAUCAAGCAGGCGUCCCAUGUAGGAAGAAGCAUGCCAAGACUAUGGCUCCAUAAUCUCCCGAACUUGAUUGUUGCCUAUGUUAUUUAAUAGGAAGAAAACGGAGGUUAAGCCAUGAUGGCAAGUGUGCUUUGCAAAGCCUUAUCCUAACGCCAUGGAAUCUUAAGACUUGCUCUGUGGGCCAUGAAGCCCAGGAUUUAAAAGCUUCCAAGUGGAGUGACGGAAUUCCAGCCCGCCAAACUGAACAGGGAAGCCCCUGUGUUUGCUGUCUGGGAUAGAUUCCGAAUAGGAUAGAUUCUGAAUAUCUGCUAGGCUUGCCGUUCCCAGCUGGUCGUCUGUAUUCAGCUUAGCUCGCACGUGCAGUCAGUUUGGUGUGGGUUGAGCUCUCAUCUCUGAUCCUGUGGAUCUAAGGCCUGCUCAUGGAAUCAGGAUCUCCAGAUAACCAUCUCCUCUGCUUGUGUGUGUCUUUGCACCUGCUCAUCCUUUGGCAAUGGGUGACUAACGCUUGGUGUGGCCGCUGCCGUCGCGUCUUAUUGUGGAACCUCGAGUGAGUCAAAGCCUUUUGGAGAACAUUGCUGUGCUUUUUGGCUGUGCGGUUUGAAUAUAUAUAUAUUAUAGCUCCUCCUGUGGCUUAAAAUCUUUGCCACCCUUUUCAGGUGGCUGUGGCCUAGAUGCUUUUUUCUGACUACCAUCUAUACAGCUGUUUUUCCUCCUAGUAUUGAAAUGCUUUUACGGCCUGCUUCCACCCCACUUCCUGCAGACUCCCCAUCUCUUAACCCUCUCCUCCUCUCAUACGGCCCCUCCUCAUCUGAAGCGGUGUGAAAUUCCUCAUGCCCCCUCUCUGGAUAGUUGCCUCCUCUUGCCAUGGGUCCCAGCCAAACUGACAACUCUCGCUUCCCUCACAGAACCAGGACACCAAAGGUUUGCUGGGCAGCUGAACACGUCGCCGCAUCAGCUCGGCCAUUUGCUGUCAGGGCUUCCCUCCCACCCCAACAGAUGCGAAAGAUGAUUGGAUCUGACACGAGGCGCUUUUGCGAAACCGGUGGUUCAUUGCAAACCAAUAUUUUUAUGGUGCUGAAAUACAGGUUCCGCUGUCGCUUACUAAGUUUGGCAAAGUGCUUCCUGGAGAGGUUACAACUUGUUCCUCCUUAGAACUUGCCGCUGCCCAGGAGGGCAGGUAUUCUAAAUCUGGAAUAGGCAAUCGACGGUUGUUACCUGACUUGCAUAUCUCCCCCAUUCUGUCUCUUGGUGGGGGGGGGGAGGAAUCCCUGCACUUAGGGACAGUGUCCUUGCCAUUCCCAAUAGCACACAUUUCUGUCCCUCUUGGAGAGGGCAAGCACAUCCUGGGCUAACCAGCUACAGCCCCUGUCGGUGCUUGCAAUGAACACUCCAUCCCAGGUCUUUUGGCAUGGACAGAGCGCUGGGCGGAGAGGCAGGGAUUUCUCUCAUCUGGGUUGGUGCAAGGGGAAGGCAGUCCUACCUUCCCCCAAGCCGCAGGGGGGAGCUCAGAGCUGCUGGGCACCCUCCAAGUCUUUGACAAGUAGGCCUGUAGACACCUUCCCUUGGCUUUGCAUCACAUUGCAGUGUAAAAGGGACAGACCUGGUUGAAAAUGCGCUGUGUUAGUGGUUUGCUUUCCAGGGGAAAGAGUAAAAUCUCAGGGUAAAAGGUUGCUCAGUUUGAGUGCAUUUGCUGUUAGCUUCAGCUUGUGUUCUCUUCCGUUAGACACCCCCACCCCAAGGAUGGGGGUUCCUGUGACUUUCCAGGGGGACUCCCCAAGCCCCAUUAGCCCUAGCCAGCAUGUCCAGUGGUUGGAGGUGAAGGGAGCUGUAACCCAACAACCUUUGGAGGGCCAUAGGCUCCUUUCCCCUGCCCUAGAUGCAUCCUAGCUCUGCCCCCACUCUGCUUCAGCCCUAAUCUAUGGAGCAUCAUCCUUAUGUUCCCAGUCUCUUUAAGUUUUGGGCAAUAAACUGGAGGAGAAUUGGAAGCCCUUAUAGACACAGGUUUCUCUUCAGAUUGUAUAAAUCUUUCGCCUUUUACUUACAGACACGGUUCAGUUUCUGGAGGCCUAAGAAAGAUCAAACCUAAUUCCAGAACUGGUUUCAGUUUCAGUCCCUUCUCAAAUUUGCCUGGUUUUGAAAUAGUUCUUCUUCCUCUUCCUCUUCUUCUUCUUCUUCUUCUUCUUCUUCUUCUUCUUCGUCGUGCUUAUUCUUAAAGGAUUUUUUAAAAGCUCGUUCAUAAUCUUUGAAGGCUGGCACUGUAUGGUUCUUAAUCUCGAUUGCACUGUUUGAAAACAGCUAAUCUUUUGGUGCUUUUAAUUUUUUUAAGUAUCUGGUUAAAGGGAGUUGUACAUACAGUCUGUAAUAUUAUUAUUAUUAUUAUAUUUUUAUUAUUUCAUGUUGUUUGCUUGGUUUUGAAACUGUGGUGAAUGUUGCCAGCUGAAGCAUUAAUCAUGUUGAUUCCAGUUGUUAGACGCCCAUGUGAGUUUCAUUGGGGCAAAGGAUCUUGGGACUCCCCUGAAGGCAUCUUUUCCAAGUGCAUUUCUACACUACAAAGAAUUCUGGGAAUUGUAGUCCUGGGAGAUGGUUGGGAAUUCUUCCAGGUGUAUUCCAAAAAGCCUUCACAGAAUCACAAUUCCUAAUGAUUGGACCUGUCGUAAAUCCCCUCUCCCAUUUUUAUUUUUCUGUAUAUAUACAUAGGUGCUGGUUAAAAAUUGGUGUGAGGACACCAGAAUCUGCUUGCCUACUUGUUUUCGGAAGUGAUUAUUUUUCACCCAGUUAAAGCAGUAAAACUGCAUUUUCUUUCUUUCUUUCUUUGAUGCUGUUGCAAAGGGUGACAUGAAAUUAUGCUACUGAUAAUUUUUCCCCUCAAGUUCACUACUGUACCAAGAAUGAUAUUCAGCUAUGUUUGCUCAUAGUAGGCCCACUGAAAUGAAUGAGCACAGCCAAGUUAAGACCAUUAAUUUCAAUAGGUCUGCUCUUGAGUAAAGCAUAGCUUAAUACCACCCCAAAUCUUCAACCUAUUUCUGAUGAGUUAUGGGCUCAGCCAGUUACUGUGAAAACAGAGAAAAGCUAUUUUUGAGCAGUCGGAUUCCUAACUGUCUAGCUGUACAUCUCCCUCCUUGAAUGCUUACAUCUGAAGAAAUUGGUGAGCUUGCUGUGAUUGAUAGGUGUCAGAUUCUCGUCAUGUUGCAGAUGUGUUCCUGUUCCGAUUUCCACUUUGUCGAGUCCCCCUCUUUAAAUGUUUUGAAGUUACGGCUUCAUCCUGGCAUUCAAGAAGACUCUGCUACCUUGAUUUUUGAAAUUAGCACGCGUUUAGGAAACAACUCGUUCCUUGGAUCAAUCCAUAUUCUUCUGAACCUCUGCUGUUCCACAGUAAGAGGCCCAGGUAUCUGCUUACUUUUCAAGUACUUGGCAUUGUGAUGUGCCCUUGCUGGACAUAGAAUCCCCCCACCACCACCAAUAAUUAAUGUGCUUAGCAGAAAUGCUCGAGAGCUUUAAAUUUGGCCCACGUUGCUUUGCUAUGGUUGCAUCAGCUGGAUACAUCCCUGCUGGUGUGGCUAACGCUUGAAAUUGUGUGAGGUUGCACAAGCGCCCAGACCCAAAUGUUGAUGGAGAACUCACCAAAUUCACUGCGUCGCCAACUGUACUUUGCCAGAGGAAGAUCAGGAUAGCAGAGGAGGAAGGCAAGGUCUCACAUUGGGUUCCUCGGACAGGGGAAGAAGGAAAGACUUGGGCAAUGAUGGAGCCAAGCACUUUUUUCACUUGUGUCCAUGGAUGAUAUGAGUUAUAGGCUUAGUGAGUUACUGUGAAAACAGAAAAAAGGGAUGCCUGCUGAAAGCUUUGCUCGAGGCUUCCCAAACUCCUGGUGCCAGUCCUCCUCUUAAAUUUGGGAGCUUGUGCAACCUUCAAAACGCAAAGCCUUUUAAGUAGUCCUACUCGCCAGAGCAUGAGCCAGACGGAAACCUAUAGUUACCCCUGCUACCCAUACCUCCAGCCAAUGUCUCCCAUAUCUUAAUUAUUCUGUUGGAUGCUCUUGAGAAAGGUAGAAUGUAGGAAGCCAUGGUCGACCUUCCAAAGGGAAACACUUUUGUCGUAGAUUGUUUGCAUCGAACGCUGAACAUUUCUGAUUGUACCCAAGCUUUACUGUUUCCCGUGCGGCUUGGGGUGCCUGGAUGCAGUGACCCUGCCCUUCAGCGGCACAAAGGACAGCCCCACAAGUGUGUACACAGUUUGCCAAAAAUGACUUGAUUUUGCACGUUGGGAGUUGAAUUCAGUAGUGGGCAUUGCACCUUUACAGGGAGGGCUGCAGUUUGAUUGUAUUUGGGACUGAGCGUUUUCUUGAAUGUGGCAAUCUUGUUUUCAAGUGCACUACUGUUUAUUGUCUCCUCCAUCUCUGAUAUUUAAUGUCAUAUUGGCGCCUUGAUGCUUUCUUAAGCCUUGCAAAAGAAAAAAAAGAAAAAGCAGUGCUUUUCUUUAUAAAGCAGGAAAACUCCAGUAUAUUAGCAGAUCUUUGUGCAGCGGAGUAGAACCAUUGUAGCCCUACUGUACCACACCGUGUCUGUUAACUAUUUACAAACUAAGUUGUAACUGCAUCUCAUUCCUAAAUGUGGGCCUUCUGCUGCUUCCGAGUUUUCAUUUUUCAAGCGAACCAGACCUGGGAGCACCUGGGGGUAAUCGUGCGCUCGCAUGCUGGAGAAUGUUGGCCGUUUUCUGUACAGAAUCUGGAAACGCUGUUACACGGCCUUUUGUCAGAGAGGGGAAUAAAUUUUAAAAAGAGAGUGGGGAAGGGUUUGAAGUUUAUUCGUCUGUUUUAGGAAAGCUGCAGUGGAAAAAUAGCUAUCAACUUUGCUUUUAGAUUUGUGGGUGUAGCGUAAAUGAUCUCAAUUAAAAUAUUUAAAGACUUU